CUGGAGCAGAAUGAGGCUGCUGUUCACAGCUUUUGUCUUGGGAAUUAUUUGUGAGGUUACUGCAUCUGCUGAUGAUAAACUGCGUUGGUGCACCACCAGUGAGAAAGAACAGAAUAAAUGCAGCAACUGGACAUCAGUCAGCUGUGUCCAGGCUGCCUCCAUGGAGGACUGCAUCCAGAAGGUUUUGUUGGCUGAAGCUGAUGCUGUUGUUCUUCACAGUUCAACAAUGAUUGUUGCAGGAAAGUGUGGUCUAGUACCAGUCAUGACCGAGUACUAUGACAAAGAGAAUCUUGAACCAUGCAGGGACCCAGCAGCGCACAAAGAGUCAUCUCCUUAUAUUGUGGCUGUGGUAAAGGAUCAGACUUUGACCUGGGACACCUUGAAAGGCAGGAAGGCAUGCUACACAGCUCUUAGUUGAACAGGUUGGAAUAUUCCAAUGGGGCUUCUGAUUGCACAGGAGAAAAUCAAAAACUGCAGCCUUUACAAUUUGAUAGCUGUGCUGCGGGAGCAGAUCCUGAAUCCAAAUUAUGCUCUUUGUGUGCCGGCGAUGAGAAUUCAACCCCACCCGGAAAGGAGAAGUGUGCCUUCAGCGACAAUGAAAUUUAUGGUGGCUACAAUGGUGCCUUCAGGUAAUUCACAGGAGAAAUGGGCUACAGGUCUCAGGUCCAGUGAUUUCAGGCUACUGUGUUUAAGUGGCACUCAGGC